UUCGUCACAUAAUUCCCAUUCUCCACUCUAUCCAAUCAGAGUUCUCAAGAAAAUGAUAAAUGCUCAAAGUCGCUUCACCAAUUCUGCAGCGAGCUAAGUGAGAGUCGACCACAUUUGGGCUUAAGAAAUGGCGGUUGCAUCAUUACAUACUCUUCUUUCAUUUCUUUCACCUCUCGGCUCUCGUUCAUUCCCCGACACCAGUUUACUUAGCUCCAAUCCUUCUCUCGUCGGUUAUCCUUUCACAGCCACCAAUCGUCGCCGCCCAUUCAUUAUCACCUUCUCUUACAAAUCCAAAAAAGAACUCUCAGUUGAUAAGAAAAGACAGUUACUUGAACAAUACGGUCUUAAUCCGGAUGAGUUCUUAUCUGAACCUUCUCCAAAGACAAAAAAGAGAAGGGAACAAUCCAAGACGGGAGGCGGAAAACAGGUCCUUCUAGAAGAACCUAGGGCGCCACGUGAGACACAUAAAUUGCUUCAGGUUGUUGGAGGGACAGCUCGAAGGAAGAAAUUGCUCUCACCAAAGAGUAUGGAUGUGCGUCCCAUGAUGGAAGUCGUAAAAGCUGCUGCAUUUGGCAUUUUGCAAGCAGCCGGUGGUUGCCCUACGUCUUUAAGGCCUGGCCGUUGGUUAGACCUCUAUAGUGGGACAGGAUCAGUUGGUAUAGAAGCCGUCAGUCGAGGAUGUUCUGAGGUACAUUUUGUUGAGAUGGACCCUUGGGUUGUCUCAGAUGUUCUGCGGCCAAAUUUAGAAUGGACUGGUUUCCUUGAUGUCUCAGUCAUACAUACUGUCCGUGUUGAGAGCUUCUUGGAGCGGGCAGAAAAUUUUCUUGGUGAAGGUGGGAGCUUUGAUUAUAUUAGUGUUACGCCACCAUAUGCUGCCGUUGAUUACAGUAUAUUAAUGAAUCAAAUUUCAAAAUCUUCAGUAGUGGGAGAGAAUACAUUUAUAUUGGUGGAGUACCCCUUGAGAACUGACAUGCUGGAUUCAUGCGGGUGUCUUGUUAAGAUAUCUGACCGGCGGUUUGGUCGAACACAUUUGGCAAUAUAUGGACCAAAGUGGGCGCAGAAGAAGAAAUAUGUUGAGAAGACAAAGAGAAGGCAGGAAAAGCUGGAUUUGUUAAGGGAUGUGGAGAUUUCGGCAUCUUAAGUUUAACUACUGAGAAUUGCAUAACACAUCUUAUAGUCAACAGAGGGUGUAAAAUGCUGUCAGAAAUUUGAUUGCCCCAUUUCUCUCCAUCUAUUCACAUGGUCAAUUGCUUCUUGGGGCAUUUUGCAUCCCUGGCUGCCCCCAUUGGGAUGACAUACUUGACUCACUCAUAAUGAGCAGCCCGCAGCCGUAUGCACUUCCUUUACAGAUACGUGACUUCAAAUACAAGUAUAUAUUCAAGACUAUUAAUGAUCAAAUUAAUUCUGGAAAUAAAGAUUUUUCUCUUCGAUUUGCUCUGACGGGGAUGUGGAUGAUUUUUAAUCUAGUAGACGAAUCUAGAAAUUGAACUCGAUGAGUUCAAGCUUUUAAGUUCAACCAAAUACAUUUAAAAUUGAAUUUUUAUAUUUGUUGAAACUGUUGUACCA